AUGGAACACAAUACUAUUCCAAUUCGUCAAUCAACCCUCGAUUCCAUUGCAUUAUUAGAUUAUAUCAUUCAAUCGCCCGGGACAUUAUCUGAAUUAUUCGCAACCGACCGACCACUUUUUUCCCUCCAACAACAACACAUAAUCCACGCAACAGUUUCUCAUCAGACUCAACCUACUCUAGACGAAAUAAAGCGACAGACGGAACAUGCAUUGAAUUUAGUGCAUUCACUUAAACGAGACAUUGCAGAAACAGAGCUUAGUCCGGCGUCCCAAAAUGGGGCCAUAGCAACAAAAACUGCAUUCACUGAACUUGAAAGGGUGACAAACAAAUUGGCGGCGCAGAUUGAAAAAUGCACACUGCACAACCAAGAAGACGGAAUGUUUGACCCAUCUUCCUGCAAGUAUUUGAUGGAUAGACAAUUGAAGUCUCGUAGAGUGUAUUUACGCUUUUAUGUAAUUUUAUUAGAUAAUUGUAAAAAGAUGAAUCAUAAUAUUCUACGAGCAGAAAAGCAGAUCUUGCAUAAUCAUCAAGCUGGGCUAUUCGUUAAUGGAUUCCAGAAUAAAUUCGAUAAAACUUACUGGGAAAAGACACUCAAAGAGUUACGAGAACCCUUAAUAAACAACUUCUUCCAUAAGCCGAAUGACAUUUAUAUUCAGACUUAUAUUAACCCUUAUAUUCAUUCAAUCUUCAUCUUUGUUCGGCCGAAUAUGAAUAUUUUGAAGCCUAAAACCAAGAUUUGGCUCGAGAAAGAAGCUGUCAACUCUGCUAUCGAUUGCAACUUUCGACUACGUAGUCCAACCCUGUGA